UUCACAGGCAUGUUUUGGUUACAGUGAAGUGUCAGAUAUGCUCAACAGUUGCACAUUUACGAACUGCACGGCUGGGAAGAGAAGGUUUUGAAAGCGGAGCAUGGAGAGAAGAGACUUCGUCGCGUCCCUGGUGGCAGGGGGGUGUGCAGGGAUGUGUGUGGAUCUGACCCUCUUCCCCCUGGACACCAUUAAGACAAGACUGCAAAGUCAGCAGGGCUUCUACAAGGCAGGGGGCUUCAGGGGCAUCUACGCUGGAGUCCCAUCUGCUGCUGUCGGCUCCUUUCCCAACGCCGCUGCUUUCUUUGUCACCUACGAAUGCACAAAAUCCCUGCUCGGUGCUGGUGGAGUGGCAGCAGCACCACACGUGGCGCCUAUCACUCACAUGCUGGCCGCCUCCCUGGGAGAAAUAGUGGCAUGUCUAAUCCGGGUGCCCACAGAGGUGGUCAAACAGAGGACCCAGGCUUCACCCUCAUCCACCACCUACCACAUGCUGCUGGCUACACUCAGAGAAGAGGGUGUACGAGGCUUGUACAGAGGAUAUGGGAGCACGGUUCUCAGAGAGAUCCCGUUCUCGCUGGUGCAGUUUCCACUUUGGGAAUAUUUAAAGACUCUGUGGUCACGGAGGCAAGGUCACACGCUCUACUCUUGGCAGGCUGCAGUGUGCGGAGCUUUUGCAGGUGCUGUAGCUGCAUUUGUUACCACUCCUCUUGACGUGGCGAAGACCAGGAUCAUGCUCGCAAAGGCUGGGUCAACCACAGCAAAUGGCAACAUCCCGCAGGUGCUGUGCGACGUGUGGAGGAGCCGAGGCCUUUCAGGUCUGUUUGCAGGAAGCAUACCGAGGAUUACCUUCAUCAGUGUGGGAGGUUUCAUCUUCCUGGGAGCCUAUGAGAAGGUCCGCCGCUCUUUGCUGUAUUAGCUCGUCCUCUGUGACUGUCCCCUGUGACUGUCCUCAGCUCUGAUGUGGUGGAGCAACAGCAGGGGAAGCGUCUCUGGAAGUAGCACCCUUGUCCCCUGGAGGGCCUCCAUGCUGCUGGGCCUCGGGAAGCCAGAAACACCUGGUGCUUGAGGAGGAAGAGUCAUCCAUGAGCCUGAUCGCAUUACCCGCAGCGCUGCAUUCCUGCUCAUCUGUGCCCUGAGUUUCAACAGCCUGAGCUCACACUUCACCAGCGGUUUGGUGAAUUAGAGCCACACCCUGUCACACAAGGCUAGCUAUGAAGCAUUGUUACUGUCCAGUGUAUGUGUGUGCGUGUGCG